GUUCUCUUCUACCUCUGCUUCUUCUUCUUCUUCUUCUUCUUCUUCUUCUUCUUCUUCUUCUACUUCUGUUUCUUUUUCUUCUGCUUCUCCCUCGCCAUCGCCAAUGAGCUCUUCCUUGUCGUCUCCUCCCACCUCCUUGACAAGCACUCCAGUGCUAGGAGGCGGCAGCAGCAUCAGCAGCACCAUCUCACUGUCGUCCUCAAGCAGCGGCAGCAAUCCGUUCGCCCCCCCUUUGUCCUCCUCCUCCUCCUCCUCCUCCUACCCUUCUUCUGAUGGCUAUGGGGCAUCUGCAUCACGCGUAUCGACCCAUAUCUCUCUGCGGGAUGACCUGAAGAUUGCCUUCACCGUCGAUGUGAUGAUGGGUACGCCAGCUCAGACCAGAAGCUUGCACAUCCUACUGGAUGAUUACAUAACGUGGACAUUCUGCGAUCCGGCAAUUGGAUCGCUGCUGCCUCAGCCUCAGGAAGCUUUCAAUCCUCCCUUCAAGCCAGCUAGUAGCACUUCAUACAGUCUCGCCACGUGUCAAAGUCCAGGGUGCACAGCUCUCAAGGCGACUUGGAAUGGGGGUUGCGAUGAUGGAGGUACAUCCUGCAGCCUCCGGGUCACGGAUCACGUCGAUGGCAUUGCAGGCGAGCUGGUAUCAGAACUGGUGAUGCUGAAGGGUGAACCCCUGUCAGGCAUUAAGUACGACUCCAUGGCCUGUGUGACGGAGAUGGAGGGGAGUUAUGUGAACUUCAGUGGGGAUGGGGUGCUAGCCCUGGGCCCAGGGAGUGGGACCUUCUUCGCCACAGUGACCCAGCAACUGAAACUCCCAGAUAUCUUGAGCGUCUGCUUCAACGCCACUGGGUACCGAAGCCGCCGGGCCUCAGCCCCAGAGGGUCAGGAUCCGACAGCUGCUGUGGGCGAUGAUAGUGGAAGUGUGGUGUUCGGCACUCCUCCGUGGAUCGUGUACCCAAACUUGUCCGCCAACGCGCACUUAGACAGAACGGAGGCGUCGAUGCUAAGCCGCGUGGCUACUUAUAGGUCCUUUAUCACUGGUUGGAGCAUACUCCCCCCCUCCUCCUCCUCUUCCUCCUCCUCCUCCUCCGUGGCUGCGCCUCUUCCUCCUCCAGGAAAUGGUGCUGUUUUCUUUGGCUCUUCAUUUCUUACUUUCAUGCCUAAUGCAAGCCUUGCUUUGAUCACAGAUGCGAUCUACAAAGCCACACUCCUGCACCCCCUGCCUCAAUUCGAAGACUUGAUUGUGUACUCUCAACCAUCGUGUGGUUUGUCCAGCUUCCCCGUCAUCACCUUCCUCUUCGAAGGAGGAACCCAGUUGGAGGUCAAGCCUGAGGAGUACACUGCCAUGGAGAAGACCCCCUCGACGUGCCUCGUAUCGCUGGGGUUCGCGGAGCAGUGGAGGACAGAUUACACCUUGUUGGGACUGUCGGUGUUGCAGUCGAGGUGGCUGACGUUCGAUUUCUCUGAGGGGCCUUACCCAGACAACGGGGUUUUCAAGAUUGGGACUGGGCCUUGUUCUGGAGCCGUUUCCAAGUGAAGACGGUAGCAAGGAAGGGGUGGAAUCAGGAUUCAGGACGAUCCCGACGAGGAAAGUGGAGCCGG